AUGGCCCAAAAGGCCAGCCCACCCAGCGAGUUACCCAAUGGCACCAUUUCCUGCGCUUGCUGGGACAUCUUGGUUUUCGACUGUCGUGUUAUUGCGAUGGGCGACCGUGAUUCGACUUGUUACGCUUGUGGGGAACCUGGUCAUUUUGCUCGUGAUUGCCCUCAGGGUGGUUCUGGUGGCCGCGGUCGUGGAGGCGGUCGGCGUAGUGGUUAUAGCGGUGGCUAUGGCGGCGGCGGUUAUGGAGGCUAUGGUGGUGGCGGUGGAGGCGGCUACCAGGAUGGAUGCUUCAAUUGCGGAGAGUCUGGCCACAUCGCACGCCAUUGUAAUGUCCUGAGAAAUCAGAACAAUGGUAGCGGCGGUGGUGGUGGUGGCGGUCGUAGCUGCUACAAUUGUGGUGAGGAGGGCCACAUCUCGCGGGAUUGCCCGCAAGGUGGUGGCGGAAAAGAUAAAGUGCAGUGCUACCGAUGCCGUGGCUUUGGUCACUUUUCUCGUGAGUGUACACAAGGUGGUGAAGGUCCUAUUUGUUACAAGUGCAAAGGAUACGGACACAUUGCCAGCCAGUCCCAAGAGGUUAUUGGAAGGCCGUACGUUGGCGUCCAGUUUUUGACUUCAGCUGUUCUGGUGUCCGUCGGUGGUGGGUUCAGUGAUGCGGUUAUUGUCUACCGAGAUUUCCAACCCGGCCGGACCGCUUGCGGCGCCGGCACUUCCCUUCUCAAUACAGCGGGAAUUGAGGCUGCCUGCACUUGGGCUGAGUGCGUGACUUGGCCGGGGCUGGUGCUAGUCGCAAAGUCGGCGCUUGUGCUCGUGUCCUCUGUCGGCAACUUCGUCUGUGUGGCUGUACCGUCAACCGCACUUUCAGUUGACCUUCUUGCGGCUGCUUAA